AUGGCGAAACAGAAGCAGAACGCCAACUUCGUGGGCUCGGCGGUGGCGGUCGCCACGCGCUACCUGUAUGUGGCGCUGGGCGCUUACCUCGGCCUGCUGUCGGGGGCGUUCUGGGCGGCGGCCGGCGCGCCCUACGCGAUGUUCAACGGCGUGUCUCACGGCUUUGCGGCGGUGUACGACGCCAUGUGGGCUUACUUGGGCGAGGGCCAGCGCCUGACCAAGGCGCGGCUGCACGGCGGCGGCGCGGGCGUGCCUGUCAGCCACAAGGUCAAGCCGGCCGCGGCCGCCGCCGCGCCCGCGCCCGGGACCACGGGCGCCGCCAAAAAGAGGUUGCAGUGA